CGCGCGCGCGGAGAGAGCCCAGCGGCAGCCAAACCCUGCGCCCCGCCCGCCCUGCGCCCCGGCCUGCGCGGGAUGCCCAUGAUGCUCGGGCGCCUUGCCGCCGCCGGCCGCCUCGCGGCGGCCGGGCCGCUGCGCCCGCGGCCCGCGGCGGCGGCCGGCUGGACUUCGCGCAUGGGCGCCGCUGGUUCCACGCGGGGCUUCGCGGCGGUGACCUCGCCGAAGCCGCUCUCGAUCCGCAUGGACAGCCUGUUCGUGAAGUGCAUGAUCGCGGCCGUCGUGUACUUUGUGCCCCAGGACUCCUGGACGCCGUGUUCCUCACUGGCCUCUUCGCGUACUGGCACAACCAGGCGGCCACCGCGGUCCCGAAGCAGAAGGCGGCCGACGCCGAGGCGGCGAUUGAGGAGUGGAAGGCGAAGAAGGGCCUCGAGAGCGUGUCCCUGUACAAGGGCUCGCGCACGUGGUACGCGACCCUGAAGUGA